AUACAGCUUCUGGGUCCACUGUUAUCACAGAGGAUAGCGACACUUCAGCUCCUGAAAUCCCAACCACAGGUUAUGGAGCCUCCUCUGGUAGCACAGAUGCCUCCGUUGCUUCCACCGCCAUCACAGAGGAAAGGACAUCAGAAACCCUGACUACGCUGCAGACAGCUUCGGAAAAUACCGCAGAACCAUCCAUCUCACCCAGCCCACCUGCAGGAGAUCUUUAUGAAUACACACUUCAUGACGUUUUUGACUUCAGAGCUUCAACAGGUUCCGCUGUCACAGAAACAGACGUGACCACGUUUGCCCCAGGCACAGACAGUACAGAGCAACCGCCAACUCCAGCAGCACUGUCUGCGCUGAGCGAAGACACCUCCGCUCUGUCCCUGCGCCUGGCCGACGGGGACGGGCAGUGCUCAGGCCGCGUCGAGCUCUAUCACAACGGCAGCUGGGGAACGGUCUGCGACGACGGCUGGGACCUGGCGGCCGCCGAGGUGGUGUGCAGGAGGCUGGGGUGCGGAACAGCUCUGGUGGCUCUGUCAGAAGCCCAGUUCGGUCCAGGCUCUGGGAACAUCUUCCUGGAUGACGUGCAGUGCAGAGGGGAUGAAGACAACCUGUGGGAUUGCUCCCACAGAGGGACUGCUGUCCAUAACUGCCAGCAUAAAGAGGAUGCCAGUGUCAUUUGCACAGAGCCUGUUACCACCCCAGUCACAACAGAGCCCGUUCCAGCCGAAAUGUCCCUGAGGCUGGUGAACGGAGAGGACGCGUGCUCAGGACGCCUCGAAGUCUUUCACAACGGGAGCUGGGCAACCGUCUGCGAUGACGGCUGGGACGUGCAGGACGCCACGGUUGUGUGCAGGCAGCUGGGCUGCGGAGAUGCUGUCUCAGCCAGAACUGAUGCCUUUUUUGGGGAGGGCACAGGAAAUAUUCUCCUGGACAACGUGGUAUGUGGAGGGGACGAGUCCUCCCUGGAGCAGUGCUCUCACAGGGGGCUGGGCACGCACGAUUGCUACCACAAGGAAGACGCUGGUGUCAUCUGUGAAGUCCCUGCAGAGCUCACCACGCCUGAAGCUACAGUCCCAACUGAGUCCACGACGGAUGAAACAUCAGUAACAGACCGUCCUACUCCUGACCCAGCAGACUUUACCACUUUCCUGACCGAGUCCACAACAGCUGAAAAUCCAGGUGUACCUCGCUGCGGUGCUUUGCUUCAUGAGUCCUACAAAGCAUUAAAGAUCGAACUAAAUGCAAAUGCGAGCUGCGUCUGGCAAAUCCAGAGGGAUUCAAACCAAACAAUUAGGCUCAUUUUCUCCUAUUUCAAAUUUGCUCCUUCUUCAAGCUGUGACACAGAAAGUAUCCGAGUAUAUGAUGGUCCCUCAACUAACUCAUCUCUUCUUGGACAAGUAUGUAACAACACCGAUGCCGUCCCCGUACUUGAAUCAUCUUCAGACAGUUUAACUUUCGUCAUAACGACAAACUCCGAGGCUUUCGCCAGAAGCUUCUUUGUCUUCUAUUACUACUUUUCACCAGGAACAAAUAUUGAUAAUUGUGGGGGACAACUAAGUGGCCCCAAUGGGACAUUUACCAGCCCCAACUAUCCAGCACCUUACCCUGAAUUUGCAUACUGCAUCUGGCAAAUACAAGCACCAAAAAACUCCAAGAUCAACUUACAGUUCACGGAUUUUUUCCUGGAGCUAGACAAAAACUGCCAAUUUGACUUCACAGCAGUCUACGACGGCCUCACCACUAACACUAGCUUAAUAGGAAAAGUAUGUGGUCUUGGGCAACCCGCAUUUGAAUCUUCUUCAAACACUUUGACAGUUGUGUUGUCGACAGACUAUGCUAACUCCUACAGAGGAUUUUCUGCGCAGUACACCAGCGUUCCGCUGCCAGGUCCUGAGCCGCCCAACACACACCUUACAUGUUCUUCGGAUACAAUGAACAUUACUCUGAGCAGGUCUUACCUGGCCUCCCUUGGUUAUAACGAAACGCAGCUACGGCCAAUUGAUCCAUCCUGCAGACCAGUGAUAACGGACUCUGUGAUCUUUUCCUUCCCGUUAACCAGCUGUGGAACAAUUAAAAAGGAUGACGGUCACAGCAUCACUUACACCAACAUCAUCUCUCUCUUUGCAACUGGUAACAUUAUCACCCGCCAGAAGAGCUUACACAUUGUUGCAAAAUGCAUAAUGGAAAACAAUUCAACCUUAGAACUCAUUUACAUAACGAAAAAUAAUAUAAUCCGAAACACCACCGCUGUGGGAAGAUACAACGUUAGCAUGUCGUUCUAUGACUCAGAUUCAUUCUCCAACCCUGUGCUUGAGUCCCCAUAUUACGUAGACUUGAACGAAACUCUUUUUGUUCAAGUCAGUCUUCAUUCCACCGACCCAAAUCUUUUGGUGUUUGUUGAUACCUGUGUAGCAUCUCCACGAGCUGAUUUUGGAUCACCAACAUACGACUUGAUCAGAAGCGGCUGCAAUAAAGACGACACUCUCGUAACCUACCCACCAGUUGAACACUAUGGAAGAUUCAAAUUUAAUGCCUUCAGGUUCCUGCGGCACUUUCCAUCAGUGUAUCUCCGGUGUGAUAUUUUAAUUUGUGACAGCAACAACACAAACUCUCGCUGUACCAAAGGCUGUAUCUCCAGACAAAGAAGAGAUAUUUCUUCAUACCUGUGGAAAACUAAUACCGUAAUAGGUCCUAUCCGCCUGAAGAGAGGUCUCAGGGCUGAUGGUCAUUCAGAAUCCCUCACUAAAGCAGCUGCUGAAGAAACCCCGAACCUGCAACAAUACAACUUCUAUACUCUUUCAUUUGUGGUUUUAAUUUCAAAUAUUAUCAUUGUGGUAGCUGUGAUACUGAAAUAUCACAAACGCCCACAAGGGUAUGGCUACCAAAAAAUCCAGAGCUCAUACUAA